AUGGCCACGGGCCCUCCUCAGGGGUGUCCUGGGCUCUUGGGGAGUCCUGGGCUCCUGGGGAGUCCUGGGCUUUCAGGGGUCUGGUCCCUGGAGCAGCCAGACUGGCACUGCAAGAUAGACGAGGGGUCUGCAGGACUGGUGGCUUCAUGCUGGAGCCCAGAUGGUCGUCACAUCCUCAAUACCACCGAGUUCCAUCUGCGGAUAACGGUCUGGUCCCUGUGCACCAAAUCUGUCUCUUACAUCAAGUAUCCCAAAGCUUGUCAACAGGGAAUAGCCUUCACCAAGGACGGGCGCUACGUGGCGGUGGCCGAGAGACGCGACUGCAAGGACUUCAUCAGCAUCUUCGUCUGCAGUGACUGGCAGCUGCUCAGGCAUUUUGACACUGAAACACAAGAUCUGUUUGGGAUUGAAUGGGCUCCUAAUGGCUGUGUGCUGGCAGCAUGGGACACGUGUCUGGAGUACAAAAUCUUGCUGUACUCCCUGGAUGGCAGGCUGCUCUCCACCUAUCGGGCUUACGAAUGGUCACUGGGCAUCAAGUCCAUUGCCUGGAGUCCCAGCAGUCAGUUUUUGGCAAUUGGCAGCUAUGAUGAAAAGGUGCGGAUCUUGAACCACGUCACUUGGAAGAAGAUCACGGAGUUUGAGCAUCCAGCAACUGUUGAUAACACCAAGGCUAUUGUUUAUAAAGAAGUGGAGAAAUCCCCACCUGUUGAAACAGAGAGACUCUCUUUCCCUCCAACCAGAAAACUGGCUAGUUCUCUCUUCAGCACACAAAGUAAAUAUGACAUUUCCCAGGUGCCAGUUUCUCUACAGUAUGUGAAACCUGUUGCUGACAGGGCAAAUCCCAAAAUGGGAAUUGGGAUGUUGGCAUUCAGUCCAGAUAACUGUUUUCUGGCAACCAGAAAUGAUAACAUUCCUAAUGCUGUCUGGAUCUGGGACAUCCAGAAGCUGAAACUGUUUGUAGUCCUGGAGCAGCUGUGUCCCAUCCAGUCCUUCCAGUGGGAUCCACGGCAGCCUCGCCUUGCUCUGUGUACAGGGAACAGCAAAGUCUACCUGUGGUCCCCAGCUGGCUGUGUGUCUGUCCAGGUUCCUGUGGAAGGGGACUUCCAGAUCGUGUCUCUCUCCUGGCAUUCUAGUGGAGACUCCAUGGUGCUUCUGAGUAAGGACAGCUUUUGUGUGUGUUACUUGGAAAGAGAAGAGGUAAAAUAA